UACAGUGAGUUGACCCGGUAAAUUUCACCAGCGAGUUCUGUCCGAGGAAAAUGGCUGCUUACACAACCGUAAAGUCUACAAAACUUGUUUUGAAGGGAAUGAAAGAUAAAAGUAAAAAGAAAAAACAUAAAGACAAAAAACGUAAAAGGGGUGAUGAUGAGGAGAAACCGGAUGUUGUUGGUGGGUGGUGGUGUGUUCACAGUUUCGGGGAGAUCACAGGGACGGUUGCCAUAGAAUUGCAGAACAACGCGUAUGUCCAUGCCCUGGACACAGGACUUUUCACCCUUGGAGCACCUCACACAGGAGAAGAUGAAGGUCCUGACCCACCAGAACAGUUUACAGCCAUCAAAGUGUCUGACAGCAGGAUAGCUCUGAAGUCCGGCUAUGGGAAGUAUUUGGGAGUGAACUCAGAGGGAAUGGUGGUGGGUCGCUCAGAUGCCAUUGGCUCUCGGGAACAGUGGGAACCAGUAUUUCAGGAUGGUAAGAUGGCCUUGAUGGCAGCCAACAGCUGUUUCAUCUCCUAUAGUGAGAGUGGAGACAUCGUGGCUCAGCAAAAGGUCGCCGGCGAGGACGAAAUGGUCAAGAUUCGCUCCUGUGCAGAGAGGGAGGUCAAGCGGAAAGACGACAUCGCAGAUGAAGAUCGUGGCAAUGUCAAAAACUGUGAGCUCAACUAUGUCAAAAAAUUUCAGAGCUUCCAAGACCAAAAGCUAAGAGUGAAUGAGGAAGACAGUGGUACGCUGAAGAAGGCACGAACAGAUGGCAAGUUCCAUGAGGCUCUGCUAGAUAGGAGAAGUAAGAUGAAGGCUGACCGAUACUGCAAGUAACAGAAAACCAUAUGGGUUUAAAAUGUAUUGAUGUCUUUUUUUCUUUAAUGGUAUACAGUUUCAAUUGACAAUCAGUUGGUGUUCACCACUGUUAGUCAUUUGGAAUUGUCAUUUGUUGCAGUCUAGUGUACCUCUACGAUGUCAAGAGAUUCUCCACCUUGCUCUUUGAAUUCACUUGUAUUUGUACACCCUAUCUCUUCUGUUUGGCCAUGAUCCAAAAACAUCGGAUAAAAAAUCAGUGUUGUUGAUAAUUGAGUCAGUUCACUCUGUUCUUUAAUCAGAAUUGCCACUAAGGAGUGAAGACAGAUAUGCAUACAAAGACAUGGGGAGCACUGGUGUAGUGAGAUAUGAACAUUUUGUCAGUGGUGGCGUCUGUAAUUUAGAAGAGGGGUUAAAGUAAAAACCUAUCACAUGUAACUUAUUUUUUUCUGUUUUUAAUGUGUGCAACAGGUUUUGUAAUGCUUGUUUUACAUUUUUUAGCCACUAGAUGGCACUGGAAUAUCUCGUUCAUGGCCAUCAUUUAAAGACCCAUACUACUGUUUCUCAUCUUACCAUUUUAUAAUAAAAAUGCUUUUCCAGCAGA